AUGACUAAAUUUAUGCAAAUCCUUUUUGUUGCCGUCUUGGCUGUAGCUUUGGUGGCCGGCGAACCAAGACGUUACCAGGGAAGACGUAAUCGUUUCUUGGCUCGUCAAGAAUUGGAAGAACCUGUUACUCCUUAUCCCUCCGCUGAUGAAUUAAAACCUGAAGUACCAUUUGAUGAAGCUGUUGCCUCCGAAGGACAAACUCCCUUCAAUCCUGUUGCUGCUGGCGAAGAUGAAUCUUCAUUUACACCUGCUGCUGCCCCUGAGGAAGAAACUCCCUUCACACCUGUUGCCGCUGAAGGUGAAACUCCCUUCACCCCCGAUGAAGUCUAUGGCCCACCAGAGGAGGAAGAAGAUGUUGUCAAUGCUGUUGAGGAAGAAUAUAUUCCCACCGAAGAAGAAAUCGCCUCCGCCCGCUUGACUGCCCGUCGUGCUGGUGCUCGCAGAUCUUCUGUUCGUUCAGCUAAAUUGCGCAAACCUCUUCGCGCUGCCCGCCCAGCUAAAUUGCGUAAGGCUGUUCCUGCCCGUCUCCAAGUUCAACCCCAAUAUGUGCCUCAGCCCCUCUUCUACUAUGUUGCUCAUUAA